UCGGCGCGGAGGCGCGCGGCGGCCGCGGGCUCCUCGCCGGGCAGGCAUGGACCCGCCAAAGAGGAGAGGGACUGCAGGAAUUCUCCGUUCCAUUUCGACUUGUGGUUUUACUUCACCCUGCAGAAUUGGUUGCUGGACUUUGGUCGCCCGAUUGCCAUGAUCCUGCUUCCGCUAGAAUGGUUCCCACUGAACAAGCCGAGCGCUGGAGAUUAUUUGCACAUGGCUUACAAUGUUAUCACUCCCUUUCUUCUUCUGAAGCUCAUCGAGCGGUCCCCCAAGACCCUCCCCCGGUCCAUGGUGUACAUCACCAUCAUCAUCUUCGUCAUGGGAGCCAGCAUUCACCUGGUGGGCGACUCCGUCAAUCACCGGCUGAUCUUCAGCGGCUAUCAGCUCCACCUAUCGGUCCGAGAGAACCCCAUCAUCAAGAGCCUCAAGCCGGAGACGCUGAUCGAUUCUUUUGAACUGCUGUACUACUACGAUGAAUAUCUCGGUCAUUCGAUGUGGUACAUCCCCUUCUUCCUCAUCCUGUGCAUCUAUUUUUCCGGCUGCUUCAUUCCCAAGAAAGAAGAGCCACAAAUCCCGGCCUCCGCGUUGCUCCUGAUUGGACCCAGCAGCCUCUAUUACUGGUACCUCGUCACCGAAGGUCAAAUUUUCAUCCUCUUCAUCUUCACCUUCUUUGCCAUGAUGGCACUGGUGAUGCACCAGGAGCGGAAGGGCCUGAUCCUGGACAGCAACGGCCGCUUCCUCUUCUACUCCUUCAUCAUCACGCUGGUCUUGAUCGCCCUCUGGGUCGGCUGGCUCUGGAACGACCGGACCCUGCGGAAGAAAUAUCCCGGCAUCAUCUACAUUCCGGAACCGUGGGCCUUCUACACGUUGCAUCUGAGUCAUUUGCACUCCCCGGUGGAAGAGAACGUUUAGCUUUUGGAAAGACCUUUUUGGGAAGACUCUCAGAGGGAGGGGGCUCGUCCGGGAGGAAGCGUCUUCGCUGCAAAGCCUGUUGUAUAGGGUGGGGUUUUAUAUGGCAGCAGGCGAGACAUUAUUCCUCCCCCCCCCCCCCCC